AUGACAGUGCACAUUGUGUCCUUGGUGUUAAAUCAGCUCUCAGUUUUGCUCCGAGACGAGGCAAAAUUAUUGGGCGGGCUUGCACAAGAGAUCCAGCUCAUCAUGGAUGAACUGGGGCAUAUGAAAGCUUUCUUAAAAUUUGCAGAAGCUAAAGAACAAGAUGAUCCAAGACUUGAAGAGUGGGUUAUGCAAGUGCAGGACGUUGCUUACGAUGUUCAGGACAUUGUUGAAGAAUUUAUGCUCCGGUUUGGUUGCAAUCACGGACAUGGGUUUCGUGGUCAUGCUCGAAAGAUAAUCACCUCAGUAGGGAACUUGCAAGCUCGCCAUAGGAUUGCUUUGGAGGUACAAAGCAUGAAGUCCCGAAUCACGGGUAUUUCUGAAGGUCACAAGAGAUACCAAUCUGAAUAUGGUACCUAUGGCAACGUCUCAGCUUCUGAUCCUGGGAACAAUUCGUGGCAAUGUAAUAGAGAUGAGGCCCUUCUUGUGGAAGAAGCUAAGUUGGUGGGCAUUGACUCCCCCAAGCAGCAACUCAUUUGUCAACUCCUUGACGGCUGUUCUCAGCUCAAAGUUGUUUCAGUUUUAGGCAUGGGAGGGAUUGGAAAAACUACACUGGUGAAAAAGGUCCAAGAAGAUGCAAAUGUCAAAAGACAGUUCGAGAUCCUUGCCUGGGCAACUGUCUCACAAACCUGUUAUAUGGAGGAGUUUCUCAAAGACUUGAUUCAACAAUUAUACCAAGGAACAGGGAAACCUGUUCCUCAAGAAGCUGCCUCCAUGAAUAAUACGGAUAGGCUGAAAGCAAUUGUCAAAGAUUUCCUCAGAGUAAAGAGGUAUCUAAUAGUGUUUGAUGAUGUCUGGGAUGUGAGAUUCUGGGAUGUCAUCAAAUUUGCAUUACCUGAAGGUUGUUGUGGUAGUCGCGUAAUGCUCACUACACGAAUAGCUGAUGUAGCUUAUGCCUCUGAUGUAGAAUUUCAUAGCUAUGUCCACAGAAUGCAGCCCUUGUCAUCUGAAGCGUCUUGGAAUCUGUUCUGUAAGAAGACAUUCAAGAACAGUAGCUGCCCUGACUAUCUAAAAGAUGUUGCACAACGCAUAUUGAGAAAAUGUGAGGGAUUACCACUUGCCAUUGUUGCAAUUGGCGGAGUUUUGGCUUUGAAGGACAAAAGCAAAGUAGAUGAAUGGAAGAUAGUUGAACGUAGCCUACUGGAUUGUAGUGAUAAGCUGGAUAGAGUUGGAAAAAUACUCUCUCUUAGUUAUCAUGAUCUGCCACACCAUCUCAGGACCUGUUUUUUGUAUGCAAGUAUUUUCCCUGAGGAUUAUCAAAUAGAAGAGGCGCGAUUAAUUCGAUUAUGGAUUGCAGAAGGAUUCAUACAAGGGAGGACGAGGAUGAGUCAAUAUGAAGUGGCUCGAGCCUGCCUUAGUGAGCUUACCAAUAGAAGCUUAAUCCAACUGAGAGAUGAUUCUUAUGAUAGCAGCACCAGGGCCUAUCAUAUCCAUGACCUUUUCCGAGAAAUUAUUGUCUCCAAGUCAAGCAAACAACAUUUUGCAACCACAGCCACGGGAGAACUGACAAGUUGGCCUAAGAAGGUUCGACGCCUAGUGAUUCAUGAUUUCACUGGCCACACACAUCGAAGCAUUUGUUUAAAGUAUCUGCGCUCUUUGGUAACCUUCAAAUCAUCGGAACCUUCGUCCAAAUCCUUGCUGUCCAAUCUCUUACGUGGUGGUUGUAGGCUACUGAAGGUAUUAGAUUUGGAAGGUGCAGAAUUGGAGGAAAUGCCAGAUGAAAUCUUCAAGCUGUAUCAUCUCAAGUUUUUGAGCUUAAAACACACAAGAGUUAAAAUCAUUCCAAAGUCCAUUGGACGUCUCCGGAAUCUGGAGUAUCUGGAUCUAUCUUUCACUGCUGUAAGUGAGUUACCUGAGGAGAUCCUACAUAUAAGAGGACUCCUCCAUCUCGUGGCAUAUGCAUUUCAACAUGUUACGUAUGAAUACGACAUCAACGGCUUUAACGGAUUUAAAGCUCCAAACAACAUUGGGAGGCUUCUUUCUCUGGAGUGGUUAUUUUACAUAGAAGCGAAUGAUGCAUCAAUGAUGAGAGAGAUAGGAGAGCUUAAGCAAUUGAAGAGGCUGGGCAUUACAAGUCUAAGAAGAGAAAAUGGAAAGGAGCUCUGCUCCUCUCUUGGGAGGCUCUCCAAUCUUGAGCAAUUAUAUGUUCAAGUAUCACAUAAGGAUGAGCAUUUGCCAAAUUUGCAAACAAUGGAUCUGAAUCAGGCAUACCAAGGAGAGGUUUUGUGUUUCAAGGCUGGAAGCUUUCCGAAGCUUGAGCAGUUAAACAUUCUUGCUUUAAGCGGUUUGAGAUGGUUGAGUGUGGAGGCAGGUGCCAUGCCUAAUCUCCUAGAACUAGGAAUGGCGAACCUUAAAUUCCUGGAGGAGUUCCCUCGGGGGAUCCAGCACUUGACCAAUCUCCAAUCUCUAUAUCUGUGUCAUCCCAAUGAAAGAUUGGAUGCAUUUCUGAAGAAUCCAUUUGAAGAUUACCAAAGGAUAACUCACAUCCCUGAGAUAUUCAUUUGGGAUGAUGAGGAUGGAUGGUGUCGACACCCCCAGUUCAGGCAGUAGCAUGCAGCUGUAUCAGCCACAGCUUGCGUCCUCCACUUACUGUCUCUCUUUGUGCUUUUCGUCUGAUCUUGUGGGAUUGUUUUGAACAAUGAAGAGGAUCCAAUUGUCAAUCAGCUGUCGAGAAAAUCAGAUUUAAGGCCUCAGCAAGGAAGAGAUUCAGCUGCGAGUAUAGCAAAAGCUGGCUGAGGUAGAAGAAAGUAAAACUAAACUAAGAGUUGAAGAAGGCCUUGGCUAAUUUUUCAAGAGCAGAAGGUAGACACCAUUGUCAAGGCUCUUGAUUCUCAGACUGGUUCUCUCAGUGAUGAGAUUGUCCACAAUUCCUCCCUUUUCAUUGAUUGCUUAUGAAUGGAUGGACUUUCAACUUUAUGAAUUUUGGUGUCUCCUGGGGAUAAUACACACUUCUUCAGCAUUUGUUCUGGUGGCUCUCUUCCAGUUUCCUGCCUGCAUAUCAUAUUAUUAAUGCUGUCCCAUUUCUUCAGCUUCAUUAGCUUUCUGCAUUUAGUUUAACUUGGCGUGCGAUUGAUCUGAAUCAUCAUGAACAACAUGAAUUUCUUGAUUCAGCUGUCUAGAUUUUGUCACCACUUAAU